AUAGAAAUGACUCUCUCUUUGUCGACUAUAUAAACUCGACUAUGAUUGAAUUUUAGUCAUCAGUUCUUCCACUCAUCAUCUCAAGUCAACAUGAACAAGCUGCUUUUCAUUGCCGCCGUCAUGGCCGUCGUUGCCGGCGCUCCUCAAGGUAAAAAAGAAUCUGAAACUGCUGCAGCACCCGAAAUAGUCGUCGUAAGUCAAGCCGACGUCCGCAAUCUCGACGGCAGCAGCCAAUGGAGCUACACUCAAUCUGAUGGCGCCACCAGAGAAGAGAGUCAAGUCCAGAAAAAGUUCCAGACAGUUUCGACGGACGCUUAUGGCAAACAGACGGUCAACGACGUGAUCGGCAACACCAACGCAGGAUCGUCCUUCUGGAUCUCACCCGAGGGUCAGCGAAUUUAUUUGACUUGGGUCGCCGACGAGGGCGGAUUCCAGCCCAAAGGCGAUCACUUACCUGUCGCUCCGGUCCACGUUUACACGCUGCCCGUCGCACCCGCCCUGCCCUACCAACGCACUGGCCUUGGCUAUUAAUUUCAAUCUUAAUCAGAUCGAAUUUUUGGCUGCUGACGUUGUAUUUGUUUGUUUAAAAAGUUUUGUGUCACCUUGUGCGUUGACUGCUGUCGAUGUGAUUCGUUGCUGGAGAAAUAGAUUGCAUCGACUUUUGUCUGAA